CAGCCCCAGACUGAGGCGGCCGUGCGUGAGGGCUGGGCGGAGGCGAGGCAGGCACAGGCAGGCACCACGUCAGGCACCGCGUCCCUGUGCCCUGGUGACCAGCGACUCUUCCCCGGGGCGUCCUGCAGCCGUGGUGAUGGCGGAGUUCCAGGUGCAUGCCAUGGCGGACGGCGCCUCCUCCGACGACCUGCCUCAGCGCGGGCGGGUGACCGAGGUGUGUCGUGAGUGGCUGAUGCAUGAAGACCAGGCGCUGGCUUACAGGCUGCAGAAUGAAGAAUAUCAGAACCACCUGCUGACGAACCGCGAGAGGAAUCAGCUGCUGCGCCAGGACACCCCCAAGGCCCGGGAGGAGCAGAUCAGGGAGGACCACCAGGCAGCCAUCGCCCAGACCGCCCUGGAGCUCUCCCUGGCGCAGCAGGAAGCUCGAGAUGCAGACUUGGCAGCCAAUUUGUCACUGCAGCUAAAUGUAAAGGAGCUGGAGAAAAAACAUCAACAAGAGGAGCAGGACAUGAUGUUUGCACGCACUUUGAUGGAGGAAGAAAAAGAAACCAGAAGACAGCACCGAGAGCUGCGCCAGGUGGAGAGGGAGGCGGCGUACCUGGGCAUCAACACAGGAAACGAUAACGUGGCUCUCUUGUCACGUAAAGAGAGAAGGGAGCGCAAUGCCAGCCGGAAUGGUGCCAGCGAAGGCUCGGCACCAGCCAGCAGCAGCGGUGUGUCUUCCGACCUCUCAGACCUGAGCGACUUCUGCCUUCAGCCCACAGAGGACAUGGAUGAAGAGGAACAGAGAGCUUUACAAGAAGAACAGGAUGCUGAGUUAGCUCGGCUCCUUCAGGACCAAGACGGGAAGAGGCGCGGGGAUCUGCUGCACCAAGACCAACUGCUGGCCAUCGAGGCGCAGGACCGGGAGCUGGCCAAGGUGCUGCAGGAACAGGAGAGAGCCAAGGCCAAGAAAGCCCGCCAGAAAGCCAGGCAAAAGGCUCUACAGAAGCAGCAGUCAGACGGGAAUAUGCAUCCACCAGAAAUGUCCUUUGAAGCCACUGGCGCCACCCCAAAGGAGGGAAGGUCCGGCAGCUCCCCUCUACGACCGUUGCCUGUGGACUGCAAUUCCCCGGGACCAUCUGGACACCCUCGAGAUGGCUCCCCGGGACCCAUCGAGUAUGGCAGCCACAGCCCGACUUACAUGUCCCCGGAGUCCCCGCGGGAGGACAAGGAGCAGUACUGGCAGCAGCCGCCCCAGGGCAAGCGGCUGCAGAGGCCAAACUCCCUUGACCUCCCUGGCUCCUCCCGGUCCACAACGGCCGCCAUCCACCAUGAACCCCCAAGGAACCGCAAAUACUCCAUGGGGAAAACAAAUAAACCCAGACUUCCUGACCCUGAGAAUACCCAAGGAGAAGUGUUUUUGGAGACCAGCAGCAGCAGCAGCAUAGACCCCAGUCCAGGCCGGGGCUUCACCAACAUAGCAUGUGCCAUUGACCCGACCUACCAGCGACGGGUCAUGCGGGGGGAGUUGGCGCCCUCCCCCCAGGCCACCCUCCAGUCUUCCUCCUCCUCGUCCACCACCAGCAGUGGUACGGGCGGCCUGGGCGCUGCCUCCGCCAACUCUCCCAUCUCGCCGCUACCUCCUCCAGUGUUUGAUGAUGAUGACGACGACGACUACCCUGUGCCGCCCUACAUGCCCAUCCAGGGCCAGCGACGCACUGCCAGCCUGGAGAAAAAGCGCAGACAAAAGCCCCCGAAGGAGAAAUCUAAUGGGAAGGACGGCUGCAAGCAACAGUAGUUUUCAGGAUUAGCAGGACGUCCGUCACUGGGUAAUACAAGUAUGGACUAGCUGCCCUUUGCUCACAUAGCACAGACAGACAGAGUAGGAGAGGUGUGCUGCAAGCUCAUAUACACAAGUUUUUUGUGAGUGUGUGUUUAGUUUUUGCUGACAUCAAGUAAAGCUAUGAGCACUCAGUUUUGUGUAGACGUCAGCUUUUUAAUGAAUGUUGACAUGUAUUUGUAAUGAAAAGUUACUGAUAACUAGAGGAAAUAGUUAAUACUGUAGCUCAAAUUUCUCUAUAUUCUGGGAACCAUGCAGUGCUUUGCAUGCUGACAUUGAAGGGACAUACUAACCUUCUACUUUGGGUUGCAUCAAGAUGAGAAUGGUAUUUUUUUUAUUGCGAAGAUGGUUAUUAUGUGUAAUACUCAUCCGUAAUCGUUUUUGAAAACUUAAGGUCAUUUCAUUACACAAAGAUACUGUAAUAAAAACCAUAACGGAUCAUAAAUUUUGAUCAUCUCUACAAGAAUUUAAGAAUCUUCUUGCAUGGCAUAACCCAUUCAUCAUAUUCACCAAACCAGUCAUUCCCGAAACUCUCACUUAGCAUGUAGGUAAAGUGUACAUAUAUAUAUUUUUGCUUUAUUGUACCCUCCAAAUAUAGUAUAAUGAAGACAGGAUAUCUCCAUAUUUCCUUUGGGAAACUAGAAGAGUACCUGUGAAUUCUUUCAUCUAACAAAAAAGAAAAAUCUAAGCUGUUUCCAUGGCAAGUAAUCUCAUUUGCACUCCAGGCAUCAACAUUUCUUAUCAUUAUCUUCAACACAAUAUUUCCUGCAUAGCAGGUUAAUGAUUAGCAUUCCUAAUCUGUCCAAAAGUGCCACAUAUAAUUUACAUGAAAGCAAGGCUGCACUCUUGAUGACUGUAACUUCCACUUCAAAUGAAUGACUUGCACAACUCAGCCUUGCCAGGGAGUUGCCUCUCUUCAUCUGCACUUAUAAGAAACUAGUUGCCUUCAAAGUGUGCUUCUGUGGGGACUUGUGUUCCUCACUAGCAACUUUAAGAAGGAAGAAUUAAAGCAUCAGAUACCUCAGGUAUUGUAAAGUGCUCAGCAUCGCAUGCCAUCCGUCGUCUAUGACAUGAGAGGCGAACACCAGACAGUUAUACAUUGAUGCACAAAGUGGCUGUGAUGCUCCCAUCUUGACAUGGCCUGUUGACACCCGCACCACACAUAGUUUGCCAUUUGGGCAAAAAAAUGCCAAGAGAUGUGCCAAUAAUUGCUAAGAUGAUAUGCUAUACUAAAAACAUUGCAUUUAUGUAUGCAAAGUUGUUUUCCUUCCAUGAAGAGGCCACAGCUUAGCAGCACAUCCUCACCAGACUCAAGGUGGCCCCCCCCCUUCACACUUAGCAGGGGAUGUGAAGUUUAAGGUAGAGCAAAGUUAUUUUUACCAUUUACCCGCUGGUGUGUCCAUUACUUGUUAAUGAAUGCAAGGGGACUUGUCUUAUCACCACUACUUACAUUUACUCUAUUAAAGAGUGUUCAUUAAGGUUUUGAAGGUUUGUGCCAGGCUACUUUUCCAAAUAGUCAUGGCAGUAUAUGCAUAUUCAGCCAGGAGUCUGAGUGGCAGCAUUGUAGUGAUAGACUAGAAUGUGAUGAAAAGUUAAGUCUAUAACAGCCGUCAUGUACUUAGGAUAACACUUGACACACUGUUUUGGGAAUAAAGUAUGACUAGAAUCUGACUUAUCUGCUGUGAUUGGCAGUGUGCAUUUACUUUUAUCAUUCUUUCUCGCCUCAGUGAUGCGGCAGCCACAACAGGAAAAAUCUAACUUGUCUAGAGGCAUAUAUUAUUGGCAUAAUCAAAAGAUAUAUUUGAUCAUAUUAUUUUUUACUUAAAUAUACUGAGUUAGAAUUAUCUCUUAGCAGAAUUAGCUCUGAAAUCUUUAGUGAGCAGCUAUUAUUUUAUUGUUAAGGGGAAGAGGCAGCUAACUUUCAACAUGGGCUUAACUACAAAUAUGAAUUAUGCAAAAGGCAUUGUGUUGAGAGUAUCUUUUAUAUCAGUGUAAUAUUUUAAGUAAACUUGAUUUCAAACAUUAUUUUUGUAUUUACGUAGAGUUAAGGUUUAGCUGUGUAUCUCGUCUCGUGUAUUGGCAUGGUUGUUUGAUGCAUUAUGCAGGGCUACAAUGUUACAAGUAGCUGAAUGCUCUAUGCCCAUGCCAUCGUGAGUGUCAGGAGUGAGUCAAGCUGGCCAGGACAAAGGGAAUGAACGUAUAAAGAUUUGCUAAGAAUUCGACCUAUUUUGCUUAAAUUGUAUGAGAAAGGUUUAUCAAAAUCUUUGUUGAUUUGUAGCAAAGAUUGUUAAUAUGACUUUGCUUCAUUAAAUUAGACAUAUCCAUUUUUUGGGAAAUAUACUUAGCGUAUUUUUUCCUCUUAACUGCCUGUCUGUAUCUCCAGAAUGCUGCUGUCUCUGUUAUUUCAAGAGAGCAGUGACAGCAUAUAGUUUCCCGUUAGUACCUUCCCAGGGAGGCAAUUUUUGCCCUUUCACUUUUUUUUCAUGUUUUUUUCUUUUCCUCUUAGCUCGUAUGUAUUACCAUCUCAUCCAACUAAUUCCUCAUGCACUUUCCACCAUUUUCUAUUAUGGCAAAUAAAAUAUACUUACAUCUUUACCUAGAAAUAAACUGUAGAUGAAGUCUGGACCUUCCAUAGCAGUGGCUCUCAACCUUUUCACUACCAUGACUCCCUGAGCUGCCAGACUAUGAUAACUGGCAGCCCAAUAAUAUGACAGUGAAUGUAGAGUGUUAUUAUAUUGACUAAUUCAAUAUACAGUAAAAUGGUAUACUAGAAUGAAUAUUAUCUUAUAGUUGAAAUAUUAAUGGCUUAAUGAGCAGUUAAGUGUUGACAUUGUAAUCAGUGUACAAUGGUACUUUAAUCAAUGUACAAUGGUUCCAUACAAGAGUGGAACUAUAGUUGCUUUGUGAAUAAAAUACAAUUUUGUGAGCCAUGCAAGUGCCCCCUAGAAAUUCUUGUAUAUCGCUGGGUGCUCACAAACCCCAGGUGUUAUAGUUUUAUAUGAUUUUAUCUCUCUCAAUAGUUACAUAAACAACAGCAGCUUUGUGCUUUAUACUCAGACACUUGUUCAUUCCUUUUCUUGAAUAAUAAGGAUUAUUUUGUUCUCCAUAUUCAUAUAACAAUCAUGUUUCUUGCAGUGGUAAUGAGCCUUUUCUUACUGAGGUGGUAACUUGAAAACAUAACUGAUAUUUGUAUUUUAUUCUGUACUCUGCUAUGGUGUGUGUCACCAGUACUUUUACAGCACUUCUCAAGACUCAAAGACACUUGUUGGAAAGUAUAUUGUAUUACUGGAAGUUCCAGUUUGUUUGUUUGUUACAUCAUUUUGUGGGAAAAAUAAUCAUAUUAAUUGUCAACUGAAAAUCCAUGGUUUACAAGUAGCAUGAAAAUAAUGCAUGCUCACUCCCAUGGCAGGUUCUCUGUUGGGGGUUCAGAAGUCUGUACAUAUCACAAGUAAUCUUCCGAAGGGUGUGAGGAUGAGGGUGAAACUCACCACAAAGAUUUUCUUUUGUGUGUUAACUGCAAUGCUUAUUGUGUGAAAGAAACCUUAUGUGUGAGAUCACAAACUGAAUGCAUCUUAGGGCAGGUUACAGUCUUGAAGGGUCAACAGUUGAUUUAACAUUCCAUUGCAGCAGAGCAAUGUUACCAUGUGUGUGAUAUCUGUGAAUGAAGUUCCAUUGCAGUACUUCAUGUGCAGAACAAUAAUGGGUAUUGAGAUGUGGGGACUACUUUCUCAGCAGCUUGUCUCUUCCUGUAUUACUGUUCUGCUUUCAGUCCACCACAGUAUCACAUCUCUUGUUGACAGAAGGAGUCCAUUUGUUUCACUUCCUACCUUUCCAUUGCUUCUUGUUGUAUUAUGCCAGGAUGUUAACUUCCAUUAUUUAGUAAUUGAUCAGUCUGAAGGACAGGAAUUUAUUCCAUGCUUGCUCUUGGUGUGAAUGGCAGUGGGAUUAGAGAUCUUUCAUACACAGAUAUGUAGAGGUACUGCUUGUAAGCCUUGUAGCCUACUUCAGUUACACACAUUCUGCUGCAGUAAAGCUCUGGUCCCAUUCCAUCCAAGAAUCUGUGAGAUUCCUUUUGCCGACACUCAUGAUCCACAAUAGUCUUGCUGGAACAGAUUCAUGGCUGGAUGGCAGUUAUUACAUGACCACUGACCCUCAAGACUGGAGGUGCCUUGUCAUAAGACAGGUUGUGGUAGUGGCAGCAGGUUUAGUAAGCAGUGCACUUACAGUCUAUUCACUUGAAAAUCGAGUAAUCAGUGCAUUUAAAAAGUGGUGUUUUAAAGAAUCUGCUCCACAUAUUUACUUGCCCAUGUAUUUCACAAGUACCAGAGGCAUUAGCUAAUCCUCAGAGGUACAUUCAUCAGUAGGCAUUUAAGUCUGUUAGUUUAAGCAUUUUGCCUAUAACCACGCAUAGUUAUAUAACAUGUGAAUAGGUGUACCAUAUUUUUCAUGAAAUUUAAUCUGCUUCAACUCACAAGGGAAUGUUGAGUGGAAGCAGAGCACACUGCCUUUAUAUUAGUAAGGAAAAUUGUGCAAUAUAUACAUAUAUAUUUUGAACUUAUCAGUAUUUUUUACAAUAUGUGGCUAAUGAAUGUGAAACUAAAUUUAUAAUGUAUGAGUGGCAAAUGUAUUUAAAUGUGAAAGACAAAUGGAACUGUAAAUUAGGGAAUGGAAGGUCCUGUGAAGGGGAAGCCAGACCCAAGAAAGCAGCAUCAACCUGCAAGCUAUACCUGAAGCCUUGUGUUCUUAAUGUUUAGUUAGGACCUUUAGCAUCUCUACAAGCCUUGAUUUGCAGGCCAUUUCUGUUAUCCAUUAUUAUUAUUAUCAUUAUUAUUAUCGGUAUAAAAGAAUGUAUUGUCAGCACGCAACCAAAAAUACAAGUAAGAAGGUCACAAUGAGGGGGAGACUAAAGAGUGUAGCACCCUGAUGCAGGAAGGUGCAGUACACUAGAUGCAGGACAAGUACUGCAAGACCGCUGCUGCUGCUGCUGCUGCUUCACACAUUUGCAAAAUUAACUCUCACAGCUGCCUGCCAAUUUUUGUCAUUGGAAUGCUAAUAGUCAAUAUCUUAAAUUCAGAAUUAUAGGUUUGACGCACCAACUUCCAAUACUGCCUAAAACUGUCUCUCUCAAAAUAUAGAAUAUUCAAGUAUAAAAACUUAAGAAAAUGAAAAAUAGCAACUUUAUUUUAGUAAUAUUUUGCUUUAUUUUUAUGUUCAAUUUCUAUGUUUCAUUUACCUUUGAUUCUUUUCAUUGUGAUUGUGGCACUUUAUUACUAUUUGAUUAUUUUUUCUUUGCUGUUCACCAUUGUUUAUGUUUUGUUAGAAUGAAAGGCAAGCUGAGAGGGAGCAUUGUAGCCAACAGUGUAGCAGCAGCAGCAGCAGCACAUGUCCAAAGCCUGCGUAUUACUUAUGAAAUUACUAUUCUCUGAACCAGACCCUGUUUUGGUUCACCAAGAAUGUACUAUGCACACAAUAAUAAAGAUGGCAAUUCUUUA